UCGGGCAGCGGAGCGGGUUUGUCGGACAUGUCGGGACAUCGGGUGCAGUUCGCGGACCUUCCGCCGAGUGACCGCAAAGAAAGUCCCAGAUCACACAGACAAACCAAAAGCAACCUGAAGGUAACCUCCCCAGAGGACGCCCAGCACCUCAGCCCCAGGCGGGCCUCCCCAAAUGGGACGCCGCCGUCCCGAGGAGACCUCAAAGCCAGCCGCACCGUCCCACGCAGGCACACGGUAGGCGGAGCCCGCGGCUCCCGGGAGAUCCUGGCCAUGCAGCCGCCGGACAUGGACAAGAAAAGGGAGGCCUUCCUGGAGCACUUGAAGCAGAAGUACCCCCACCACGCGUCGGCCAUCAUGGGUCACCAGGAGAGGCUCCGAGAGCAGGUCGGUGGGUCUGAGAUGGCCCCGGGUCUCUGCUGCCGUUUGGUUCAGACCCACGCGGUCUCACCUUAA